AUGUACUGGCCUAUUGGUGCGCCCAAAACGUAUGCUGCUUCUAAGCGUAUAGUCCGCAGCGCCAAUUCACCCUCUACCGACCCUGAUAGUCCCGACAAGCUCGCCAUUACACCACUCUCGCCCGAUGCUGGACAACUCACGCCCUUGGUCCUGGAGCACGAGCAGACGCCUUUUGACAAUGCGAUUGCACCGACGCCUUCCACGGAAGAGAACAAUGGCGCAGAAGAGCAGGAAAUAGUGGACAUCAAAACAUCCCGCGCUGGCAAUAUAUUCACCACCAUCACUUCUUCGUCGCUUAGUGUAUGGCAGACUAAGCCUACUGCUCUGCUCGCCACCGUCACAAGGUCGAAUCAUUCGCUGCAAACAUAUGGCCCGAACACGUCUCUCCUGCUGCGCCCGGAUGCCCUCAUAGUCAUUGUGCAGACUCAGAAAGGCUUCCUCAUUACAUACUCCCUGGCCAUUGACUCGGCCGCUCGAGUAUACCAGACUUCUAUCUACACUGCUUCUGGAUCCCACGUCCGACGGCCAAGCAAUGAAGCAUACAGUAAGAGGCCCAAUCUUGCCCCUGAGGGAGGACCUGCAGAAGGGGAAGGCAUCAAGGAAGUCAGUGUGCGCUUUCGCAUGGUGAUCCGGAUAGACGCUGGAAUUUCACAAGCCCUCGUGCUCGAUGAUGAGCUUGUUGUAACCACUGUCAAACCUGCAGCUGUCCAGUGCAUACGGUGGACACCAGACAGCUCCGGCUCUUCUCACAGUACUGAGCUUCUCAAGCGGAUGACCUGGCUGAUCGGAAAACCUUCUGUCAUAGACAUGUCAUACGAUAGACCCAUGAACCUUCACACUUGGGUGACAGAUGAUGGAAGAGCGUAUGCAGUACAGCGAUUGUCUGGAGCCCGUGUUGACUCUACCAACCUCAAAAGUCUGUUCAGAGGUUUCUGUUUCCAUACUCCGGUGCACCUGGGCCUCUUUGCAACAAAAUCUGCAAUCAAUGCUCGUUUUUCUCUGAUAGCUAUCGGAUGUUCAAACGGCACAAUCCAAGUUUACUCUGCAAAGGACUAUCUGGGCAACAUACCACGAUCGCACGAACUCAAAUUACCCGUGUCAGAAGCAUCUUCUGGCAAUCUGACAUUCUUGAGCUGGUCUCCGGAUGGAUACUGUCUCUUUGCAGGCUAUGAUCAAGGAUGGGCAAUAUGGAGUGUUUAUGGUAAGCUAGGUGCAAACACUUUUGGCGCAGAUCGAUCAAUGUCGGAAACCAAUGACGAAGAAUGGCUUUGCGGCGUGCGCUCUGGCUUCUGGGUUGGUGGUGGCGCGGAGAUACUGCUCCUUGGUCCAAGCAGACGCGAGCUGCAUGUCGUCGAGAUGAUGCGUAGCAGUGUAACAAGCUGUUUUGCAAUGCCCAACAUCUCCAGAUCCCUGCUGCAAGGAAGCACUAGCUUGAUGCUGUACAGAGGAUUCGAGACUUCGGAUCACACAACCAUAUCUGGUGAUAUCUCCUUGUGGCAGACUGUACAAGUCCCACAAGCCUAUCUUGCAUACCAAUGGCCACUCCGACUCAGCGUCGUUUCUGCUGACGCGAGAUAUCUUGCCGUAGCUGGAAGACGAGGGUUGGCACAUUACAGUGUUGGUAGUGGGCGCUGGAAAACGUUCGAGGAUCCCAUCGCUGAAAACAGCUUCACCGUACGAGGUGGCAUGUGCUGGUGGCAACACAUUCUUGUGGCUGCUGUGGAGUCUGGCAGUAGUUACGAGAUACUGCCCUACCCAGUAGUCUGCAUGGCUACGUCUGGGGAAGAUUCUCUCUUGGUGUAUACUUACGAGAACGUCCUGCUUCAUUACAUCUUCGUCUCAUCGUCCAAGACAGUCAGACUGGCACAGGUCGGUCAAAUCGCCUUUCAUGGUAUAAUUAGAGCACCACCACGUGUUCGUGCUAUCAGCUGGAUUCUCCCCGAGGAGCAACGCGGUAUGUCUUCGAUGCUUGUGUCCUUUUCAAGCCGCUUACACAUGCCACUUNNAGACAAUGGCGAUCCGUCACACGAUGUUGCUACAGCUUCCGUACUGUUCUUGGUUGACGCCAAGUUGGUUCUGCUACAGCCUUCAGCAAACGAACACGGCGAGCUCAAGUAUGAUAUGCGUGUUAUUGCUCACAAUGUGGAGUUCUACACACUGUCUAGAGAACAGCCACCUUCUAGAUCACCAUCAAGUCCUCUUGAUGACAACCCUGAUAACAGCUAUCUACCUGCAGGUGCUCUGGGCCACAGCUUGCGCGACUCUCUGUGGUAUUUCGAUGGCACAUCAAUGCACGCAUGGCCUGAUGUUCUCGAUGUGCUUUCCUCUGCUCUUACGGAGCAUGGACGUGAGGUAGCUCCUACUGUCGCUAUCGCAACAGACUUUUAUCCACUUUCUGCGAUCGUGGAGAAAGGACUUCUCACUGGUCUCGAGUCGGAUUUAGUUCAACGUCGCGACAUCAAUUUCGCGUUCUACCGUCUCAACCCACGCACUCACUUGUCGAUACCGUCUCUUCUACGACAUCAUCUAGCGCAGUACGAUUCACCCGCGGCGCUUCAUCUCUCGCAUUCUUACCAGAAGCUCCCUUACUUCAAUCAUGCUUUGGAAGUGCUCCUGCAUGAUGUCCUGGAUGACGAGGUUGAUGCUCCGCCUGAGUCGUCAGAGGCAGCACUUCUUCCUGGCGUCUUGUCGUUCCUCUCCUCGUUCCCAAAAUAUCUUGAUAUUGUUGCUGGAUGCACGCGCAAGACAGAGUUGCGAAGCUGGAAAACCUUGUUUCGCUAUCUACCACCUGUUGCUGAGUUGUUCGAAGAGUCCCUCCAGAAAGACAUGCUCAAGACGGCAGGAAGUUAUUUGUUGAUUCUGCAUGCUUUCGAUGAAGGUAGCUUCAGUGCGCGUCAGACAUCUACUCUGUUCAAGAGAGCUAGGGAAGAGGGCGACUGGGAUCUCUGCAAAGAACUCGCUCGUUUCUUGGUAGGGAUUGACGAGACGGGAAACCUUCUGAAAAGUGUGCUUUUUCGAGCUGGGCUGAGGGGCACGGAGCCUCAUAAUAGCUACAGCUCCUCGGACGAAGAUGUCAGCGGGCCUUUUCACGGCGCCAAUGCCUCCAAUGGCGCCGCAAUUGAGACACCUGACAGGUCUGGGAGUAACAGUAGUGACGGCAGCAUCAUCAAUGCCGGUCGCAAUCUUGGUUCAUCCACACAGGACUAUUUUGCUGACCCAGCAGGAUACCCAUGA